GUUCUCCAUCAAGCAAGCAAUACCAUUCUUACUCUCACUCAAAGGCAAAAAAACAAGCUUCUCUUGCACUUUCAGAACACUUUGUAAUCACUAAAAACAACACCCAUACCCUCUUUUUCCUAUUUCAAUCAUGGAAGGUGUUGCCACCGCCAAGACUGUUCGCCCAAGCUCUCCCAAAAGGGCUUUUGUUACAUUCUUGGCAGGGAACGGGGACUACGUUAAGGGCGUGGUUGGGUUAGCCAAGGGGCUGAGGAAGGUUAAGAGCAAGUACCCACUUGUGGUGGCGGUCUUACCCGACGUUCCAGAUGACCACAAGAAGAUCCUAGUGGAUCAGGGGUGCAUAGUCAAGGAGAUCGACCCUGUUUACCCACCUGAGAACCAGACCCAGUUUGCCAUGGCCUACUAUGUCAUCAACUAUUCCAAGCUACGUAUCUGGGAGUUUGUGGAGUUUUCCAAGAUGAUAUAUUUGGACGGAGACAUCCAAGUGUUUGAUAAUAUAGAUCACUUGUUUGACAUGGAAGAUGGCUACUUUUAUGCUGUGAUGGAUUGCUUCUGUGAGAAAACAUGGAGCCACACCCCACAGUACAAGAUUGGCUAUUGCCAGCAGUGCCCUGAUAAGGUUCAGUGGCCUUCUCGGUUGGGUCCUAAGCCUCCUCUUUACUUCAAUGCUGGAAUGUUCGUAUAUGAACCAAACCUUUCUGUCUAUGGCGACCUCUUGACAACACUCAAAGUUACCCCUCCUACCCCUUUUGCUGAGCAGGAUUAUCUGAACAUGUAUUUCAGGGACAUAUACAGACCCAUUCCACCAAUUUACAACUUGGUGAUGGCCAUGCUAUGGCGCCACCCAGAGAACAUUGAGCUAGAAAAAGUGAAGGUUGUUCACUACUGUGCAGCUGGGUCCAAGCCCUGGAGAUUUACUGGUAAAGAAGAUAACAUGGACAGGAAAGACAUUAAGACGCUGGUAACAAAAUGGUGGGACAUUUACAAUGACGAGUCGCUUGACUACGCAAAUGCUGUGGGUUACGGUGAAGCAGAAGAUGAACAAACAGGGCUAGAACCAUUUUUGGCAGCUAUGUCAGAUGCUUGCGUUGUUCAAUAUAUUAACGCCCCCUCUGCUGCUUAAAGUUGUGUCUUUUUCUUUUUUCUGUCCUUGCUUUUUAAAAUGGACAGAUUUUAUGAUGCUGUUAAAUUUAUUUGGUUUGAUUGUUAACAUUAACUUCUGUUUGUAAUCGUACGUUAUGUUAUAAUAUCAACAACACUUAUGUACAUA